AUGAAACCAGGAAACCACACCGGUGUUGCUGAAUUCCUCCUCCUGGGUCUCUCCGAGCAGCAGGAGCUGCAGCCUCUCCUCUUUGGCACCUUCCUGGGCAUGUACCUGGUCACCGUGGUGGGGAAUAUUCUCAUCAUCCUGGCCAUUGGCUCUGACCCUCACCUCUACACUCCCAUGUACUUCUUCCUGGCCAACUUCUCCCUCACUGACCUGUGUUUGUCAUCUACCACAGUCCCCAGGAUGCUGGUGAAUAUCCAGGCACACAGGUGUACCAUCUCCUAUGUUGGAUGCCUGUGUCAGAUCUAUUUCUUCCUGUGGUUCAUUGGUCUAGACGUCUUCCUCCUGGCAGUGAUGGCAUAUGACCGGCUUGUAGCUAUCUGCCAUCCACUCCACUACACCUUGGUUAUGAGUCCCAGAUGCUGCACCCUGCUGGUGGCCACAUCCCUCAUCCUGGCCAAUUCCUACUCUCUAACCCACACCAUUCUCCUGGCUCAGUUAUCCUUCUGCACCAACAAUGUCAUUCCCCACUUCUUCUGUGAACUUCUGCCCCUGUUGAAACUCUCUUGUUCCGAUACUUAUGCCAACCAGUGUGUGCUGAUGUACUGGGGAGGGGCAUUAACCUUCUUGAUCCCCUUGCUAAUCAUCAUUUCAUACAUCCGCAUUGUGGCUGCCAUCGUGAGGGUCCCAUCAGCCAGUGGGAAGUGGAAGGCCUUCUCCACCUGUGGCUCCCAACUUUCAGCAGUUUGCUUGUUCUAUGCAUCUGCUAUUGGGGUCUACUUCAUUCCCUCCACUGCUGACUCAGCCAGCAGGGACAGAAUUGCAGCGGUGAUGUAUGCUGUCGUGACUCCCAUGCUGAACCCAUUUAUCUAUAGCUUGAGAAACAAAGACAUGAAGAGGGCCUUACAGAGAUUCCUGAGCAGAGCACUGCAGUCUCCCUGA